AUGCCGGCGAAGGGGAAGUACCUGUUGAAUGACCAAGAGUUGAAAAAUGAGGCGCUUUAUCGCAAAUUCUCCUGCAUCAGCCAGUAUCAGCCACUGGUGCUCCUGCUGGGCCUCUCCAUGUUGUCCUGUGGGAGCCUCCUCAUCAUCUUCUUUGCACUUGGACUGGUAAGUCUUUGCAUUCACCUGAAAAAGUCAUGAAAACCAAAGUCUUUCCCAAUCAUCACCUUGUUGUUACCAUAGGUCAGAGACUAAUACUGUGUGUAGAUGUGCACAGGUAAGUUUGUAAAAAGGCAAAAGUUGGUGCUACAAACAUUUGAAAUCAAAGACAGCUCUAUCGUACCAUGGCAUGUCAUUUAACUCCCUCAUUAUUCAGACCUUAGAGUACACACAGGGACAAAUUGCACAACAAGAUGAUGGCUAGUGAAAGGCUUGGCACUGAAAUUAGGUCUAGAUUUCCGACUGUUGCUGACAUUGUGCUCAUUUAUCAUAAUUAGAUCAAAAACAUGGUUAAAAGUGCUGUUUCCUGUUAGGUUAAACUUAUCAACCAGAUGGCCUCUCUUAUCACCAUACAAUUACAAACAGAGAACAUAGCUUCAGCUGUGUACUCCUGUCUUGAAACUAGGCAGGUCAGCACACUAUUCCUCAUUAAGAGUUUAAUACAGAGUGGUUCUGGUACAUUGUGCAAAGGGUAAGAACUAAGAGACAACAUUGGCUCCAGGCUCGCUGUAAAAAUCAAUCCUGAAAUUGUCUAGUCUAUGUUGUUUUUCUCUUGAAAGCUCAUUGAUAAAAUUAUGGCUGAUAAGCAAAUUAAAGACACUGUCAUAGUCAGAUUACCUCUGUAAUUACAAGCCAGUAUGCUUUAGAUAAGAAAAAACCUCUACAAUUACAGUAAUGUAAUAAAUGUAAUAGGAAAUUAGUUGUUGAUUGUAGCCCUCCAGUAAUGAAUUGAGGCUUGAGAUAUCAGAUAUCAGCCACAUUAAACACAUUACAUAACAAUCUUGAUGAUACUUCUUCUUCAUUUAAAUUACAGAUAAGGCACGACCAAGCAUGGGAUUUUACAGUCAAAGAUGAAGUUUGUGAAUACUUUAGGGUGUCUCCAACUAACAUCAGACCCAUUUUUGCAUUUCUGUACUGAGUUUUUCUUGUUACUUGUUAGCCAACAAAUCAAUAUGCCUUGUCUGCAGUGGACUGAUAUCUAUUGAUUUAUUGGUCUAGGUCUCCUGUGCAUGUGUAAUAGUUUGAUAAAAGUUAGCAGAAUCAGCAGAUUUUUAUGUCUACAGACCUUUCCACAGAAGACAUAUUUAGUUUUUACCCCAGGUGAAUCAGGGGAAAUCAGAGGAUGAGUGCCCUCUGUGUUGGCUUUGGUUGCGGAUUUGCUCCCGUAAACCAUUUACGUGAGACAUUAUACACAAAAUCAGGAUGCACAUUCCUGUAUUUCCUUUUUUGACAUGUCUGUCUGCUUUGACAAAGAUCUAGCUGUGAUCAAGCUUUACCAAAAAACAUUGAGAAUGACUGAAGAUAUUCAUAACCGUGAAUUUUAGCAUUUUUCUUGUAGCUUUAAUGGUAAAGGAAGGAUUUCUUGACUUGAAUAGACUAAAAGGACUAAAGGGGUUCAUUAUGACUGCAGCAACAGCAUGAUAUUUUAAAAAGUACAUUUCAACAGGUGGUCAGUUUAAACCCCUUGGCUGGCAUGGAAAAUGUAACAAUGAAAAUCUCCCACAUCUUCUUCAAAGCUACUUAAAUAAAGCACUUAAUUUACGAGUAGUUCUCUUUCACUACCAGUGCAGCUACCCGGAAGCAUGAAGGAGGGAGUGAUUGUGUAACAGUUUGCAUGUGAAGGAGGACAUCUCUCUGAUAUCGACAUGAAAAUAGGAAAUACGUUUUCAAUUUGUUCUCCCUAGAGAAGAGAAGUUGAGGAGGCAGCUCAGAAAUACUGCUUUUAAAGAACACAAGGCACAUGUUUGCAAACGAGACUUUGAAUAUCCUACAAGGGAACUCUCAUUUUUUCUGUGUAGAGAGUCACAGAGUAGUUGCCCUGCAGAAGGUGGUGCUUCAGUUUUGCUUGAGAAUUAGUCAACAUAGGAUGAGGUUAGAAUCAAACAGUCUCUCUGCUGCAUUGGCAACCCAAACCUGCUGAAGUAAAGUAGGUUGAAGACUGGAUGAGUGAAACAGUUUGACUGACCAAGUGUGUCAAAGAGAGUGCUCUGACUUUGACAGGAAAAGGCAGACAUUCAUUGACCUUGGCUGAUCAGAGACAUGCUGUUGAUUUUGGCAUGGUGGCAGAUAGCAGGGUUACCAAUCAGUUCAUACAGUAAGUUCACAGCCUCUGUCAUCAUCACAGAUUAAUUUACUUUCCCUUGUCAGAGAAACAGUCUUAGCCUUCCUUCUAUUGUGUUUGCUGAGCUCCUGGAAUAACCCCCCCCCCCCUCCCAUCAUUGUAUGCUUAGAUCUUUCACUCUCGACAAACCUCAGUUAAGUGGCUUUAUCUCUCUUUUAUGUACAAGUCUGUGUAUAUUUAACCCCUUGCUCAUAUGAACAAACACAAACAAUUUCUCUUGUAUUGAAAUAUUUCCCCAUGGUGUUUUUAAUGCAACAUUCACCUCUUCACUUGUGCCUCCAUCCAUUCUUGGAUCAUGUAUCAUCCCCCCCACUCCCUCGUGUCCUCUUUCUUCUCAGCCUUUUUUCCACUAACACAGUUGCUAGGAGUACAGGAGAGUCAGGAUAAAAUGCUGGGUUGGAGCUUGUAUAACAGAGUUGUUAAAUGUACAGGAGGGGCCGGGUGCCUGUCAGGGGGUGGUUACCAGUGUCAAAAAGUCACUGUCAACUUAUAUAACUACUCUCCAUUCCACAUCAGAUGAAGAGCCGUGCUGAGAGGAAAACAGACUGAGCCCAUUUUCCAAGUGCCACUCGUGGCCAUGGCGUCAGCCUCUGAUUGGAUGGAGAGGUGAUAUUAAGCAGCCUGUUGCCUGGGCUCUUAAGAUUUGAUUUAACUACAAUGGGUCAUUGUGCUCCUGAGGUCUGUUAGAGGAAUUUGUUUUACAAUUUAUAUAAGAUGUUACUAUUUUCCCAACAUGCCUCUUUUAUUUACAUAGAAAGGACAACAGGACUAUAAGUGUAAAAGAAUAAUGGACUUGGAGUACACAGCAUGACUGUAGCAUUAUAGUUCAUCUAUUUUGUCAAGGCUUUCAGUCAGAAUCAGACACAAACACAGAUAGUACAUGGUGUAUAGUAAAGAUGAUUCAUUGUGAAUUUGGAAUAAUAUGCAAACACUACAGAAAAGUCUUUUUUGUUUCACUCGAUUUCUUCAGUCCUCGGUUUGCCACAUGUUGAAGAAUACAGCAGUAUCUUGCUCACAUGGUCCUUAGCUCCUAUUCAUAUAAAAUAAUUGUUCUUUUUCCGCCUACAAAAAUCUUUUGUCAAGACUCACUGCAACAUAGGGAGUAGAAAGUGCUUCAGUUGAGAUCUGGCCUUUUCCAACGCUGCCAUGGUAACCAGAAAGCUCACCAUACAAUGCAGAGAUGGCCUUCUCUGAGCAGAGCUCUAUUAACGCUGACUUUGUGCAUCUGUCUCAAUCGUGAGCGCUCUUUUAACCCCGUCUUUUUUCUUGUGCUUUACCUCAAACACCUACUCUUUUCACUCCCACACACCUAAGACAGCCACCAAUGCAUUUGUGCAGUUUACCUCCAUGCAUGAAUUACCAUGAACAGAAAAGAAAACAAAACACAUACACAGAUGUACAGGCCAACACCCCCAGCCAAACACAUUUGCACACUGUCUUCCAGUAAGAUGCUUGCCUCUCACUGUACAGUAACUCAAUCAGGAAGAUGGUGGCCUGGAGCAAACAGGACAUGGUGCUCAGACAAUUGUGAGGAAACUAAACAUGCAGAGGCUUUACUGAUCCGGAUGAAUAUCAUUUUUUAUCAGGAGCUUCUUUCUCUGUUUAAACCUCAGGUCUGGCUGUAGUAAACAUACUCAUAAGAAACACAUGCAAUAACUACAUGUAGUUAAAAACAAAUAACAUACCUUAAAGGGUUUAAGUCAUUCGACUCUUAGUUGACUCACUGAUAAACUUGCCAUACAUAGAAAUACACAUCUAGACAGUACACAAGUGUGUUGAAGCAAGCAGUAUUUCUUUUCUGUUGUACUCAUGAAAGUGCUCAUCUGUUCACCUCUAACAAGAGGCUGUAGCUUGUAGUACAAGUCUAGCACAAAUAACUACAUCAUAUUACUUUCAGACAUUUUGUAAUACAUUUUUUAUUCAGUGUGUGACCACUGUGCCAGGCUUAAGGCACCAACUGCAUAGUCUACACAACUAACUCUUGAAAAAGUGUUUUAUAUUUCAUUACAUGUCAUUGCGCGAACUGUAUUUGCAGCAAAUAUAUGUAACCUCUCAGGAGGAACCAUCAUCCGUAUUAACCGUAAGAAACCAAAGACUGUAAGACUGCAUCAAACACGUGUGUUUAUUUUUCUCCCUCUCCCUUGCUGCUGGAGCAGAGUGCAGAGAAACACAGUGCCUUUGUGAGCGUGGUGAGCGGCAGCCUGUGUGUGUUCCUGGCUGUGUUUGUGCUGGUGUGCACAGAGAUGCUCUCACAGCGAUGGAGGCGUCUGCUGGGCCUGAUUAUUUGGGCCACACACCUCACCAUGGCUUAUACCUUUAUCUUCAGCGGACCAAUAAUCCUGCCUUGGGACCAGGUAACCUCAACUUUUCCGAUAUAACAAGAAAAGUUGCUUGCAUGAAGGAGGUCAAAAAUCUGUGAAGUAAAAAAAAAACAUUUUUUUUUUUUGAUGGUAGAUCUCAAUUUAAGGUCUUGAAUAUUUUUCAUUUCAAAUAAUUUAAUGUAUAGUGACCAUUGAAUUUGUUAAUGCAAUACUCUUAUGUGUAAGUAGUAAGUGACUAUGUUUGCUGUAAUUAGCCUGUUGUACAUCUUAUACAUAUAAAAUGUUCACUUUUGUCUCACUUCUGAGGCACCAGACUUCUUUGAAUGAGCCAGUUAAUGGGGAAUUGAACAGAACUCAACUGAAUCAUGGCUCAGCAUCUUUUUGAAAAUACUUGAACCUUUGUUUUCCAGGUGCCUUUCUUCCUCUUCAUCAUCUUUAGUGUGUACACUAUGCUGCCAUUCCAGUUGUGGUACGCUGUAGUCCUGAGCGUCAUCACCUCACUGUCCCACAUGUUGGUCCUCACACUGCGCCUCACCAUUUACAAUGAUGUGACCAGUCCCUACCUUGCCAACCAGGUAAAACCAGUUGUAUGGUAAUAUGGGAAUGUGUUGUGAAAAUACCCCUGCAAUGCUUGUGAAUCAGUCUGUGGCUCUGGGUUGAUAUCUCAAAAGCCAAUAUGAGUUACUUUAUGGGCAAUUCUUGUCUUUUUGAAGCUACAGAUGUUUUAUGUGUAAACAUUAAUCUGCUGUUAAUAUUUAUGUCAAAUAUUUUAUUAAAAAAAUUAUCUCUGGAUUGAAUCAUAAGUAUAAAUAAAAAAUUAUUAUGAAUCAUAAAAAUGUAUUGCAAAAAUUGGGAAAGUGAUAUGAUGUAGUCCAUGUGCUAGACUUGCCUUACAAGAUAGACCAUUAGUUUAGAUGAACACUUCCACAAGUACAAGGGGGAAAAAAAAGUUAGUAAUCACUUUAACGACAAGUUUAUCAAUGAGUCUAUACCAUUGUCAAUAGAACUAAUAACAAAAAUUUCAUGUUAACGUAUACCUGUGUUUGCAUUUAUGCUUUAACAUCUGCUGCUCCGUCUGUGUCUGCAGCUGCUGUCCAAUGCAGUGGUGUUUCUGUGCGGCAGUGUGGUGGGAGCCUUCCACAAAGUCCUGAUGGAGAAAACCCUGAGACAGACUUUUCAAGACACACUGAGAUGCCUGAGCAUGCGAAUGAAGCUGGAGAUUGAAAAGAGACAACAGGUCGGUGUUCUUCAUUGUCUUUGAACAUAUAUUUAAAAACAUAUAUUUAAAAACAUACAAACAAAUGAAAACGCUAUUCAAUCUUAAAGUCUGUUAAAGUUUUCAAAGGCUUAGUACGUUACAUAGUUAUGUUCAAUUAUGAUUCAUUUUUUAGUAAAUUUCUGUUAAAACACAAACUACCACAACAGCCAAGUAGAGAUCAAUAUUAUUGUUCACAUGCAUGAUCAUGAAAUGCUAAAAAAGAUACAUUUACAUAACACGAUUGAUGUAAUUAUGAUGUAAGUCAUACGAAUCAAACAAAUCAUGAAUAGGAAAGAGCAUAACUAUUAAUAAUACUUUUGGAUUAUGAAGUGGGCCCCUCCUGUAAUACAGCUUUGGUUGAAGGAAGCCCAUAUACUCUGAACACAGACUUUUAUUGAGCAAUCUUACAUUUUAUAUUUUGAUUAUGAAAGAUCUGAUAACUUCUCCAUCAGUUAGAAUUGAUGGCCUACCACUGUGUCAUAAGAAUGAUAAAGCUCACUGUAAAUUUUAAACUAAAUGUGACACAUCUUCCUCACUGAAUGGGAGAGACAGUGAACACAAAUAAUGAAGUUAGCUCUUUGCUAACUGUUCUUGCCAUGCUCUUAAUAAUUUUAUUCCCUCCCUGAGCUUUGCCUUUGGCGGACCUCUUGUUGACUCUCCCAUGGAUGUUUUCAUUGGGACUAACAAAUCCUUUUCAAAUUAGAUUUUUCUGUGAUACCUUUUAAAUUAAACGCAUCUGUGCUCACUUGCUUUGACUACAGAGACAUUUUAAAACUAAUGUUCCCCUUUUGUCAUUUGUUAUGACUGUUACUUGGGACGGGUCAUAAAAUGUGCUGACAGGGAAGCUCUUGUGUUGCUUGGCAGAACACAAGGGAAGGAAUGAUAUUCUUAUUAAAAUAUAAACUUUCAGUUGUAUCUGAAUUAGGUCUGAAAUGAGGGAGACUUUAAUACAAAGUUUGCCAAUAAGAACAGUGGAGGACGUAAAAACACAGGGAAAAAAAAGCGAUAGAAAUUCUCCAAAUGGGGAACCAGUGAAGAACUUACAAUGUGUUCCUGCAUUAGUUUUAACAGGAGUAUGUUCCCAUUAAAAUGUGUCUUGGCAGGGUGUGAAGAUAACAAAAAUGACUUUUGAAUGGCACUAACACUCCACUCUUAAAUCAAGGCUAACGUAUUUUUACACACACAGGUAAUAACAAUAAUAAGAGACCAAAUGUAUUUUCAUUUGAUCAAAAUACAUACACACACACACACACACACACACACACACACACACACACACACACACACACACAGCAACACAAAAUGUUGUGUCGCAUAUGCAGUUUUCUACUCUCAACUCAUUUAGUGAGAAGGUUUUAUGUUAUAUGAAAGUGUCAUUUGAACCCUGUAAGGGGUCAGUCAGAGUGCAUGUGGGCAGGUCUCGUUGCACCACAAAAGAGUCAGCACUCUCUCACCCUCACACACACACACACACACACACACACACACACACACACACACACACACACACACACACGCUUGUUCACAAAGUCUGGAUAGACAACACAGAUACAUUUCUCAUUCAGGUGUCAUUAUUUUAUAUUUAGAAAAUUUAUUUAAGAUAUUCAUUUCUAUUUUGUCUUCAUUUUAGUUAUUUUUACCAAAAAGCAAUGAAAAAGUAAAAGGCUGCAUUGUUUGAGUGAAAACAAAUUCACUUUUUUAUCAUAACAAUACAAAUUAAAUAAGGGAGUGAUGUCAGGAUUGUGAGUCCUUGAGAUUUCUGUACAACCUGGAGGGCAGCCAAAAACACUCCAGGGAAAUAAAAGGCUUGUGACAGCUUUUGCAGCCAAGAGCCUGAUGGAAAAUUAUGACAUGUUAAACCACAAGAUCCUGUGGGCUGAUUAAAGGUCCUCUGAACGAUUGCAAAGUGUGCCAAUAAUCAGCACAAGUCUGUGACCAUAUCAAGCAUUCUGCAUGCCACAAAAUGAGGUGGUUGUGGCAUCACACCAAAAUGAAAGGUAUUAUGAGCUCUAUUAACGUUUAAAUAAAGACAGAGGAUAAAUAAAAAGAGAAGGUGUCUUGAGGAGUUUCUUCUGAGAUAUUUGAUCACAGAGACAUCUCUAUCCUGACAGGACUAUAACCUACAGUACAUCACCAGGUGAAGAUGGUAAAUGCUUGAAAAAGAAUGUGAUGUACUUUGUCAGCCCAGCUAAAAGCGAAACUAAAUCUGCUAGAAAUUAAACAGAGCACACAUUCAGUCCUCAUUUCACUUGACCAGUCUCGAGCAAUAUAUUGAUGGAUAAUCCCUAUCGUUUGGUAUAUUUAUGUACUAGAAGGUCAGAAGGUAGCUCCUGUGUAAAGAUGAAGAUUUAGUUGUGGGUAUAUGGGUAUAAAAGCAUGUGCUGAGUUAUGUGUUUGUCUAUAAUCACAGUUUUCAGAGUAGAAAAAGUAAUGCUGGUAUUAUUGAACAAAAUGACACCAACUAUGCCGAUGAAUUGAAGACAAACGCAGGUUUUCAAUCAUGUGCUGUCGUCACAAUCAGCAAAUGCAGUGGUUGGAACAGAAAGGUUUAUAUUUAUUUAUCCUCCCAUCAUCACUUGUGCUUUCUUUUCACUUUCUCUGCAAAAUAAAACUGAGAGUGUAGUAAGCAGUUGUUUGUAAGGACAAGAAUCCUCUCAUCAAUGUCAUAAAAGUGCUCUCCUCUAUCAAGUGGAAAAAAAAACACUGACCUUGUGGCACCUCUGUGCACACACUCUUACUCACAAACACACGUUGUUUUUGUCUCAUACCUUCAGUUAUCAUUAUUUGCUCCCGUAUGCAUUCAUCUCUUUAAACAUCCACUUGUGAAUUCUUCUCUGCGUUCACUGUGUUAUGUAAAAACCUAUUUUCGUAAUAGACCUUGACUCAGCCAAUGUGGUGAGAUGAUCUUACCUGACACCCCUCUGUGAAGAUAAAAAGGGAUUUAUUAUUUCCUGAGAAGUUGCCUCUUCAGAUCUUUGCCUGAAUCAAGCCAUUGAACAGGCCUUUGGCUCUUCCUGCAACCAGACCCUCAUUACUUAAUGCAUUUCCAUCCUGGCUCAGUCUGUAAUAUUCUUCCUCAUUAUGUAAUAUUUCCGACUGCUGGCCAUGAGGGUAGCAAGUCGGCUUUAUUGAUACCACCACACUUUCAAAACCCUUUUCAACAUUUUGGGUCCUUUUUUUGUCAAUUCCUUUUUGAAAAACGUAAAAUGUGUGGGGACAGAACUGCCAGAACAGCUGUGCAGUCAAAGAGAGGCAAAGAAGAAAUACAGAGAAAUUUUAGCACUUUAAAUAUUGAGAUAAAAGAUAUUAGACAGAAAGAGAACUGAAAAGUGCUUUAUUCAACUCAGCAGUGGAAGAGUUCAUAGUUAACAUUUAAUUAGGGAGUCUGGAGAUCCUAAAUUCGUGUGAUUGUAAUCAUGUGGGUAAUGGUUGUUUUUGCAGGAGAACCUGCUGCAGUCCGUGCUGCCGGUCUACAUCUCCAUGAAGAUGAAACUGGCAAUCAUGGAGCGUCUGCAGGACUGUAAGGACAAAGAGGAGCAACAAAGAUUGGUCAAAGAUAACAACUUUCACAGUCUUUAUGUCAAGAGGCACGAGAAUGUCAGGUACAAGCUUAAACCUUCUAUAAAGACAACGAGAGCCGGAAAUUUUCUUCAUGCAGCAUUGUUAGAAAUGGUUAAUCCAUCCUGUAGGCGUACAUUUACUGGUCAUGCAAUUAUGAGAAAUGUUCGAUUUAAUUCCUUUGGAGGACAUUUCAAAAUCUUUCCACAUCCUCGAGAUAUUUUGUAAUUGAUUUUUGAAGCAUGAACCUGACAUCUUUAAGGUCAGAAACUGGGUUUGGCAUCUAACCAUCUUCGUACAAAACAAAAUUUUGAGCAUGGUAUUAUAUUUCUCGAAAUUCUAAAAGCCAAUCCAUCUUUUUGAGAAACAGUGUUUUACUUUGAUAUUGCAAAGCUUAAAAUAUCAUCUCUUUUCUGGGAACGUCACUUAAAAUCAUGGGAUGAAAACAAAAAGUUGUAUACUUAAAGCAGAUUUUCCUGAUUGCUUCUUGAAAUGAUGGAGAUUAUUGUGGUAUGACUCUUUGUUCACAGAGCAGUGACCUAGUUACAGCUCUUUGUUUUGCGAUGGUUUCAUUAACUUGGCCUGUGCUGAUAGUUGUGGGGUUAUGGGGUCAGCUUAAACUGAACUCUGGCUCAGAUGGCUCAACCACUCUUGUCUUUGGGGUCAAGAUUUAGUCUCUUCAGUACGUCAUUUAGCAAAUCCCAUUCCAGAGUUUCUUCCUGGGAAAAGAGUUGAAAAAAGAGUUGUGGCUUUUUAGUUCGACAUUUUCUGUGAACUAGGACCGUCAUAAGAUUGAAACUGAAAUAGCCACAGUAAAUACAAGCACAUAAAGUAAAUGAUGGAUGGUAAAGUAACUCCAGUCUGGUGCUCAUGAAGAUGUCUAGUUGUUUGAAAUGUUAUAAUUAAAAAACUCUUUUUUUUGAUGAAGAGGUCAGUGUGCAGACAAAAGUCAUGUUCAGUCAGGCCCACAGUGAGAUGGUGUUGAAUGAUAGGCUGCUUCUCUGACCUGCCCCUAUAAUUAGUCCAGGCAGACCAGUCAUUAGCUCUGUAUACUGUCUCAUGAAGCACCUGGCAGCCUUCAGUCAGGCAGGUGGGGUACUGAGGUCCUUGUCUGCGAGUCAGCAGAUGGGCAGCUUCAGUAAUGCCGGGAUCACUUGUAUCCAGACUGUAGUUGUGCACCGUGAAUAACUGUAUCCUGCACAAACACAUCAGUGGAUAUUUUGUGUAUCUACAACAAAUAGAUAUGACCCUUGCAUCUUUGUGGUUCCAGUCAAAUCAUAGAGAAAACAAAGUGUCAGUAGAACAUUGAUGUCCAGCUAAAAGUCAAACUGAAUUUAAUCCUCCGUGCUGUUAUUUAUGUUCACAGCAUUCAUCACACUGUUUCACAAUGUUUGGCAUGCUAUUCUGUAGCUCACUGACAUGAACAUGGUGUUCACUGAGACUUUCAUAUCAACGCUUCGAGUUUCAGUUCCCACUGUGGUCAGCCAUGCUCAGAUGGGAGGGCAGGUCAGGUGCUCAGUGUGGGUUGGGCCGUUGCCAAACGUCCAGCUGUUCUUCCUUGUGUUUUUAGGGUCCUUCACAGGUCAAAUGAGAAAGAAAUAAGCGUUUCUCUGUGGUCCACUUACCAGCAGCUUUAACAGUGACAAAGCUAUGAUUCAGCACAAAACCAGACAGGCCUUUAAUUUUUUCACUCAUCUGGUCUACUGGAGUGAAAGGUUGAGUUUUUUGCUUCAACUCCUCUGUCCCAUUCUAGUAUAAUAGGUCUUAAUGGACAGACAAAAUCGACUGUGUAGAGAAAAUUGGGCUGAAAUCUGGAAGGCACAGCGCUUUAUGGCUCCAAGUACACGACCAGAUCACAAUUAUGUCCAACCCACACUGAAGGGAAACAAUUUAUUCCUCUCUAGUGACUGUUUAUUGUCCAAAGAUGCCCCCGUUGUCUUAUUUGUCUGCUAGCUAAUGACAGAGAUGAGUCUUUAAAUCUGUGAACUGGAAUUUACUACCAACAGCAUAAAAAAAAGACCCAGAGUUUUAAGUCUUUGAAAGCAUGAGAACAGAAAAGUUUUUGAGAGAGAAAGUAAAAGUGGAAGACAAGCAGUAGGUCAGGGUGCAGCAGCAGGGAGUCUGAGGAAGGAUGUGAGAUUCAGAAACUCAGUCAUUUGACCUGAAAAACUGUCAAGCUUUGGGCCUCUCUAUCUCUACUUUUCACUCAAACCUGACUCAUUUUUAAUAGGUGAGCUUAACAUACACAAGUUACAUUUCUUACAAGUUUUCCUUUCUACGUAUGCAGCUAUAAAUACUAUUUUAGUAUCUAGAAGUUUAUUUUUAAAGAGGUUGGUGCUGGUUAUGACGACAGGCAGCAGCAGUUGAGUGUGCAAACAGUGUGACGUGUGUGUUUAUUUUAAAGGAUUACAGAAUAAACUUAAGUUAAAAUACGAAUAAUCUGAUUUUUCAAAAGCUCACAUUUAUGAUAUUCUUCAGUCUAUUUCAGUUUGUGUAAGUGCUUUUCUCUCACUGUAGUUGCCCUGUUUUCUUUCAGUAUUCUCUACGCUGAUAUUGUGGGUUUUACGCGAUUGGCCAGCGACUGUUCCCCCAAAGAGCUUGUCAUUAUGCUUAAUGAGUUAUUUGGGAAGUUUGACCAAAUUGCCAAGGUGAGUAAUCCUUUAAAAUGUUUUGUACACAUCAGAGACAGUUCAACUUGCAGUUGACAGCUGAUUAUUGCAGUAAUUAUGUAAAGAAUAGAGUAAAGAGAUAGUGACCGGAGGAUUUCUGCUAAACCUCAGACUAGAUGGAAAAAAUCUGAUGGACAGCUGAACACAGGAUCACUCUCCUCUUAUUCACCCACAACCAAGGCACUGAAACCUCAACAGCUAAAGCUCUGUGGUUGAAGACAUGUUGGCAUGUGAACAGUCAUAUCUCAGUGCUUAUCAGAAACUUUAUUUGUUUGUAUCCUCUCUUCUCUUUGUAGGAGAACGAAUGCAUGAGAAUCAAGAUCCUUGGAGACUGUUACUACUGUGUGUCAGGGCUGCCUGUCUCUCUGCCUAAACACGCCAAGAACUGUGUUAAAAUGGGUCUGGACAUGUGUGAAGCCAUCAAGUGAGUCCAUGCCAGCCAUCAUCCUCGGCCCUGACAGAAACAUGCAGUAUUUUGUUUCUCAGUUUAGCUCUUAAAGCACUGCUGAAAGCAAGCAGGGGAAACAAGAAUUUGUGGUUCAGUUGUUCUAGUUUUGUAAAUAUGUGGGGGAAAAAAAGUUGAAAAAAAUGCCCUGAACUGUAUAUGGCGUAAAUGACAUGCCAGCUUUGAAAACCUGUUAAAAGAAAGUCUAGAUCAUAGUUUUCAACCAGGAAUGGAGGAUAAGACUUUAGUAUAACACUGAGGAAAUAAGUCACAUUCAUAUUUUUAUUAAAACUGAGAAUCACUAAAACCUCAACCCAGUCACAGCUUAAUGCAUUGGUUCAAUUCAAAAUGGCAAAUCUGUAUGUUUAUUGACGCAGAGAACUAAAAAUAGAUUUAUGAAAACAAUAAUAGACUGUAUGGCCGUCUUGUCACCAGUCUGCCAGUGUAGUCACUGAGUCUACAUUUUGACAUUAUGGAUGCAAUUGUAACACUCCCUCAGGCAGGUACGAGAUGCUACAGGAGUCGAUAUCAACAUGAGAGUGGGUGUCCAUUCAGGAAAUGUGCUCUGCGGUGUGAUUGGCCUUCGCAAGUGGCAGUUUGAUGUGUGGUCACAUGAUGUCACGCUGGCCAAUCACAUGGAGUCAGGAGGCCUUCCAGGGUGAGUUAUUGGAAUUGGUUUUGUUUAAUUUGUGUCUAAAAAUCUCAUUUCAUGUCGAUUUAUUUCCACUGUGAGGGUAAAAAAUUAAAACUGCUCAUUAUAUCCUGCACUUUGAGGAGACUGGUCUCCAUUGUUAUUGUAUUAUUGGUUUUCUUGAGUAUCAGAAAUCACAGUUUAUCAGAGUCAUUGAAAUGAUGUAUUAUUUAUAAUGUUAAGCUCCAAAGUUGAAAAAUGACUUCUUUUUCCAUCUCAUACACUGCUUGGGUUUCCAUUUAUCAUGUUUUUACUGGGGAUUGUUGCAUAGUUUAGUUUGCACAAGUUGAUUUAACACAAAGUUGUAAUGAUUGUUAAUUUGCAGUAUGCCAUGCUUAUUAUAAUAAAAAUGUUACUGUGCAGUUUUAAACUCUAUAAAGUUAGAAAAAUCACAAAAAUAACUUCAUGCCAUGUGUCUUAUCACCUUUCCCCUCUUUUUGCUUCAUUGUUAGGCGUGUUCACAUCACAGAAGCGACGCUCAAACAUCUCAACAAUGCCUAUGAUGUGGAAGAAGGCAACGGUCACUGCAGGGAUCCCUAUUUAAAAGAGCUCAAUGUCCAAACCUAUCUUGUCGUUGAUCCCAGGGUAACUCCUUAAUAUAUUUGUACUGAAAACAAACAUUGUCAUGAAAAGUCAGAAAAGUUACUAUAAUUAGCAAGAUGGCGAUGCAAUGUAUGUAAAAUAAAAAAAGAUCCUUUUAUAUGUUACAUUAAAUUCUGUUGAAAUAGGUUAAGUAAAUAUAACGCAUCAUCUUUUUAUGUUGUUGUCCAAGAAUUAAAAUUACAGUUGCCAUUUUAUAAUUUGGAAGUAUUGGUGUGAUUUGGCAACUUUUGAUUUUGUUUGUUUCUCAAGUCCAAGGACCCAUCGUUAAAUAGUCGCAGCACAGCCAAACCUCGGGUGAAUGAUGGUCUCAAGAUGCGGGCAUCUGUCAGAAUGACCCGUUACCUGGAAUCCUGGGGGGCUGUCAAACCUUUUGCUCAUCUUCAGAACCGAGAGGGCUUCACUCCGGACAGCAUUGUCAAUGGAAAACCACGCUGGAAGGUUGUUAUUUUCAUUUGUUGUAAAGGUAGCAAUCACUUAUAGCUGGAGUCCAUUAUAAAGCAAAGUGAACAGAUUUGGAGUCAGAUCUAGCCAUAGUGGUUACUUCAGAAGUAACGGUGUAAAAGGACUGCAGACUGUUGUGAAAGCUGUCUUUUAACUGCGUGGACACAAUGCUGCACUUUACCUUUAAGAUGCACAACCAAGACAAGUAAAAGCCAAAGAGUGACUUAUAGUAGAUAAUUUGUGGGAUCUUGAAGUAUUUUGAUUUUGACCCUCAGCUUUCUAAUGGUAUGAACCGUGUCCUUUUUUGUUCCAGGACAUCCCUUUACGUCCAACUCCUGGCACAAAGAUCACUGAGAGGUAUGAGCAACCUUAAGAGCUAAAGCUAGGAAAUUAAGGCACAUGUACAGUAUUUAGUCACCAUUCUGAUUUAAAACUCAGAGUGGGUUUGCUUGAGCGUGUACACAUCCUGGAAGUCAGCCAGAGUAACAACACAUAAUUUCAUAGGAUCUUGAUGUCCUGCAAGAAAGAAAAAGUGUUUUCCUAAUUUCCUCAUUUAUUCAUGUAAUAAAACAGGGAUUUACUCUGUUAUGUUGUAUUUGCAAUAAUUGUAACACAACACACAUAUUAAAGUUUAAAUCAUCCACAGCCAUCACAUUAUGCCCAACUGUACACACUUAAACUUAAUAAUGUUAAUUUUUUUAUGUAAGCUAAGAUUUCGGCUGCCCCCAGGUAUGAUGAUAAUGAUUUGCAUCUGAAUGUAUCAGAGGGUCAGUAUUACACACAGUUAAGAUGAACCGACUGGAGGAGGACAGGAAUACUGAAACUGUUCUUAAAGCUUGAACAAUAAGGUGUUGAAGGAAACUUGAGCGUUAGUUUUAACCUGCAGAUAAAUUACUUGCCAAUAAGGUUUCAUCACUGAUAGAGCUUCUGGUUUUUGCCUAAAACAUAUAUUUGGUUGGUAUUAUUGGAUACUGGUGAGUACACCAAUUAAUAUACCUUUAUGAUAGCAUAUUUAUCAGCCCUUAACAUGAACAACUGCUUUCUGGUAAAUGAUCAUGCUACAAUCACAAGCAUUUAUACUCAGGAGCUACAUCACAUACAGGAUAAGACAAAGUCAGAAAAGUAUGGGUAAUCACUAUUUAUUAUUCAAUGUUUUUAAAUUUUUAUAGCACCGGUAACAAUGUGGUUUAUUGUAUCAGUCAAUACUCAUGUCUUGGUAUCAGAAGGUAUUGGAAAGAAAACAAUCAGAACCUCUCUAUGUACUGCGGGUCUAGAGCUGUGCUGCUUUAGCUGUCUUCUCUGUGUGGUAUUGGGAGUCUACAGUGAGAAUUUUUCAUGAGCCUGAAAUAAUGCCCAGAAGAGUUGAUUAUUGUCUUGAUUUUGAAAAGUCAACUCUCUUUUCCUGUCUGGCACCCAGUACGUAAUAUUUAAAGAGUAGGCACUGAUUAUUGGGCAGGACUCGCUUACAUCAACAGUGUGGGCUGUGGAAAUGUGAUUGAAAGAGAUAAGUGAAUUCCUAAAAGUGCAGGCAUUUCAUUGUUAAGAGGGCUGUGUUAUCGCUGAAAUAAUUAAUUUCAUUCAUUUAUGCACAGUCCAGUGGAGCAGAGGCAGCAGCUGGUGAACAUGUCUGCAUUUAAAGUGAGGUGCACCCACUCAGGCCUGGUAACAUUAAGAAGCACCAUGUCUUUAAAGUAACAGGAGGGAACUUUCAGAAGCAUAUAUCAGGCUGUUUCUGAUAGAUUUCCGCACAUAAUGACCCUGUUUAUUUUUGGCUCCUAACAGAUGUGUUGUUAUAAUUUGUGUCUUAUUGUUAUUGGGCCCUGACAGCUUUGAUGAGUCUCUAGAAGAACCCUUCUCCCUGCCCACCCCUCCAUUCAGCAGCUAUAAGUGAGUUGGGCCUCGAUGGCUCGCAAGGUCCUCAGUGCAGUAGUUCUCAUCCUUUGACCUUGUGAUUCCUGAAACAAAAAGUAAAUGGUAGAGGACACUUUGUUCAGUGUGGACAGCUCUUUGAAUUUUUCAUCCUGUUUUUAAAAUGACCUUUCAAGCAAUCUGUACGCUUCACGACAUUUCUUAGAAGAACUUUUUAUCUCUUAUUUAUUUAUUUAUUUUUGUGAUAAAUGCUGAUAUGACAGGAAAAAACAGAUAAGACAGCAUACUUUAUGUAUUUAUCAUUAUCCACCCAACCUUUUGAAUCAUUACCUGGGUCCCACAGAGGGUGAGAACUACUGUCUUAAGUGGAAAUCCUUGCUCUCCCAACACUAACCCAAGGAGUGGUGCAAUCCUGUUCUUUAAUCUCAUCGCUACAGUCAAUGUGAGCGAUCACAAAAAGCAAUCACAAACCCUGAAACCUCUGUUAGCAGACUGACAUGCUCCUAUUAACACUGACUGGGGCUGGUGUGAAUCUGGGUCUGUGCAUCUGUGAGUGUGUUUCCUUCCUGAUAGAAAAGGGGGUUUCCAGGCCGAAGCAGAGAGACGACUGCUAACCCCCACAGACACAAUCUUACACUUCUGCUUCCGGCACACUCCACACAGCUCCCUCACAGGCACAAAUCUAAACUUUUUUUCUCACACUAAUGCUCAAAAUUGCAUUAACCAAGUCGCCGGUAUGCACAGCUAAAUUGGACCCUGAAUAACCUGCAUGACCUGAUCUAGUUUUCAGGCAUCUGUUGCUGUCUGUGUUUUUUUUCAGUGUCUGUUUGUCUGCUUCUAUUAAUUGUCUCCGUACUCUCUGGUGCAGGAACAAAUCUCAGAAGAGUAAGUUUGAUGAGGAGCUGCACAAUGAGAUGACAACUACAAUAGAUGAGCUCAGCAGCAAGUAGGUGAUCACAUUUUAUGCAUUUAGUUUAUCUUUUGUAAGAACAAUGACUUGUGCUUUCAGGUUGUGAAAUGUACAGAACAGAAUAAAACAGUGAUUUUCAGUCUUUGUCCCUGGUCAGGCUUUUAUGUAGGAUAAAAUAUCCUGAAUACUAUAAAUGCAAUAAUACAACUACAGUGGAUAAUACAGUGAAUGGCUAGGUGACACGAAUAAAUAAACACUGCAGCAAAAUUUAGGUUAAACAACUACUCAAAUUAAAUUUACCACUAAACAUUAAUAAAGUGCUGACAGUGAUACUCACAAUUACAGAGAGAAGUCUAAGGCAACAAACGCUAUUAUAUUCAAUUUUUGUACACAAAGUCAUACUUGUUUUUUUUUUUAUAAAAAAUAUUUAAAUCUGUCCUUAAGCAUUCUCCUUGACAGAUCUUCUAGUUGCUUACAACAUGGUUAAACUCCUACCUCAGAUACAUUGUAUGGCACCAAAAGAAACCUUGUAAGCAUUUAAAUCUGCAGGAUUUCUGGAGUUCUGUGCAGGUGAAGUAAGGCCUCCAUAUCUACGUAUUUAACACUUUUCCAAAACUUCAUGUAUUUUAUUCCUUAUGGAUUUUAGAUAACAUGCUGCUUCACUAUAGAAACCUCUCUAAUGUUUUUUUUUUUUCAUCUGUGGUUUACAAUGGUAUAUUGUGGAAAUAAAUGGAAGAUUUUUUCAAGGUUUUUGAUUUGAAAUGAACAGAAACAUGAAACAUCAUCUAGCAGGAGGCAGCUCACAUUGUUUUUGUUAUAAUAAAUGAAUGCCAUCUUUAUUUUACGACACUGUCGCUGUAAAUUGAGACUCUCUCUUCAAAACACUGCAACUUUUUCAAGACAUUGUGUGAAGUGUUUAUUCAAAGACAGCAGUGUAGCAGCUGUAUUUACCCUAUGUGAUCAUGAACUGACUUCAGGAUUUGUAGAAACAGUUAAAAUAUACCAGAAAUAUGUAUUUUCUUUCUCCUUUCUCUCUUCAGUCUUUUCAUUCUUCCCUUUCUUCUUCUCUCACAGGCAGUGGUCAAAGUCUGAGGAGACUAGCAGCUUAGCUCUGUGGUUCCCAAAGAAAGAUCUAGAAAAACAGGUUAGUUCAACAAAAAGAUGCAUGUAUUAAAUAAAAAAUGUUGUAUCUGUACAUUUUCAUCUAUGCAUUUUGGUGUUGGAAAGAGGCUAAUGUGUUGCCUCUUCUUAGUACCGAGCUCUGGAUCUGCCAAUGUUCAAACACUACGUUGGCUGUGCCACCGUCAUCUUCCUCUGCAUUUUUGUGAUUCAGAUGUUCGUCACAAAGGAGUGAGUAUAAACACAUUUACAUUUUGUCAUUAAUAUCAGAAGAAACUCAACACUUUUGUCAUAGUGACAGCCUGAUGUUUUUUUCUUUUUGACCUUCAGUCGACAGAUGUUGGGGACAGUUUUCGGAGUCUUGGUUUGUGUGCUGCUGCUAACAAUGGCUAUCUGUUUUGCCAGCCAUUUACAGGUCAGUGUGUCUGGAGUCCCAUGUUAACUUUGCCAUUCUGAUAUUUGGGGAGCUGAAGUGCAUGUUUUCAGUCAGUGUGUCCCAGUUAAUGUUCAAACUUGUGGAAAGUGGAAAAAAAGACCUCAUAGGAAAGUAAACCUGUCAAAGCUUUUAAAACAGCCCACACUAAAUGUAGUUCAAUAUAAAAUUUCCACGUUGUAUAAUUCAGACCUGACCCUGAACUGAAUUACACAGGCAUGACUCACAUGGGUUUUUAACUGCAAAGUGGUUUUCAUGAAUUGAAUUUCUGUGCGCAGGAGAAAAAGAAAAUAAAGGUGAAAUUCUUGAAAGAUAAUCGUGUAUUUGUAGUAUGAAGAACAGACAGGAUGGAUGUCUGAAAGAAGAGGGGUCUACAGGAAAUAUUUCAGUGUUUAGUGAUGUGUUGUAACACCUUGAAAGCCCUGGAAUUGUUAUUUUUUAAUAAAAAAAAGGUUUCAAAUCUGGCUAUCACCUAUAGCCCAGAUUAAAGAGGUUAAUAAAUCGAAAGUUGACACAAAUAUAGUACAGAAGCAGGUGGCUUGUCAAUAAAGGAAGAAGGGAGGAUGUGUAUAGUUUACAUUCAUGUGUCACUGUGUCAGGACUGAUGCGACAAUGGAAACAUGUCAGUCUGUCUCUUGAAUUCAACAUGCUGUAGCUUUCUAUAGCCAACCUUGAACUUACAGGUGACUCCUGACACUGGGUCCUUAACAUGCAGUGUGUUCUCCUCUCAGACAGAUUCCUUCACUCAAAAUAGCCCACACUCAGUCACUUUCAUGUGAGGUCUGCAGGCUGUGAACAGCCACAUUCUCGCUCUCUUCAAACCCGUGUGAUUCCACCUCGCUUCAUCUUUCUCUUCGCUCCUCUUUAUCAUCUGCAGCGCCUGUUUCCAGAGAAGCUGUCGCGGUGCCAGUGGCUGCCAGCUGUGUCAGAGGCGGCGGUAAAGCGGCCAUGUGUGCGCCUCCCUCUGGCCACCAUCACCACUACCGUCAUCAUUGUGUUGGCUGUGUUCAACCUGGUAUGACGACACUCACAUGUUUAAGUGAUAAGAUAGGCUUAUGAUCGACUCUACGCUAUUCCUGGCAGUGUUACACUUCAUAGCUGCCGUGCCAGACUUCAUAACACGCUGUCCAGUGGUUGCCUGUCAGUCAGAUCUGUUUGAUCCCCCUGCAGUGCUUCGUCCAGACUCAUGUGACAGAAUGUUCCAGUGAUAAUGCCAACCUGUGUCCCACAAAUGGUUCCUGUGAGCAGGGAUUAAAGGAUGGUCUCUUCUGUCUGCCUGUGAGUGAUGGAUUUAUUUACCCUGAUCUAUAAUGAAAUGGCAUUUUUUUUAAUACCAUGCUGGAUUAAACGGCAUUUGCAAUUAUGUUCUUGUGUCUUACUAGAGUGCCAUAAAAACAUGAUGAGAGGAGCGGGAAUUUGUUGCAUUAUCUUGUUAUUUACCACAGAUGUUAUACUGUAUUUGGUGAUAUAUACUGUGAUUUUUGUAAAUAGAUAGUCGGUUGAAAUUUGUUCUAUUUUUGGACUUAAACUUAGCGGAAGUCUUUUAAAAAUGUCUCUUUGUGGUGUGUGUGAUUCAUCUCUUUUAAAACGUUCAGCCACACAGCAUGAUGUUGAAGAGAAUUUUAUGGGCACUCACAAGAACUAAAAGUUGUUUAUAGUUAUACAACAAAGUUUUCUCCAAAAAGUAAUCAAAUAUCUCUAAAAUGUAGUUACGAUGGACGCUAACAAGAUUUGUUGUUGCUGUUGUUUGACCCCAGUCUAACCUCAUUCUUCGCCUGUCUCUUUCAGUACUCUGUGUACUGCUGCAUCCUGUCACUCAUUGCGUGUGGGGUCUUCCUCCGGGUGAGCUUUGAACUCAAAGUACUCUUCCUCUUUGUGGCCUCUGCCGCAUACUACAGCAUCAUCUGCAGUAUCAGGAGGGAAUUGUUUGAGUGCUACAGAGAUGUCCUCUGCACUCAGAUUGAUGACAGCUGUAACUGCACCAGGUGGGACUGAACUUCAAGUAAAUCCGAGUUUAUCAGGGUUAAGCUGCCACUCUUAGCUUCUUUGAAUACAUUAAAUAUAUUGUCUUAAUGACAGUUUACUGGACACAUGUAAUUAGACCUAACUGUUAAUGUCUGCCCUGCAGCGGUGAGGAUGACCCACUCAGAUGUUUAGGGCUGGUGAAGCACCCUCAGGUGAUGAGCUGCAUGUAUAUCACCCUGUUCCUGGUCACUAUGCUCAUCAUCUCACAACAGGUAUUUACCCCUUGCCUUUCUGUAUAUGUUCAUGUUUUUCAAUUGUUUUCCUUCUCAUAGCCACAAGAUGUAAGAAAUACAGAAAGAUUCACAUUUGUGAGUGACUAAUGAGUCCAAUUCUCUCUUUAUUGAUCCACCCUAAUCUAAUUAUUCCUGUUCAGAUAUUUGUCUUACAUCAAUCGAAAGAUGUUAGAAAUGCUAGAAACAAAUCAAUCCCUCUCAGAUAAACACAGAAGGUUUUAAAACAUAUAUAUUUUUAAAUUAUUUCUUAUUUAGGACUCGUAAAGAUUUUUAUUUUCUGCCUCCUCCCCUCUCGAGCCUUCUGCCCAAAAAUGUCAAAGGGUAUCAUUUACAAGAGACUUUGUUUGAUUUAUAGUACCGUAUUUUCUGGACUAUAAGUCCCACUUUUUUUCAUAGUUUGGUUGGGUUAGCGACUUAUACUCAGGUGCGACUUAUGUGUAUUAAAACAUAUAAUUUCAUUUAUAAUUUGGUCUUGAAUUUUGUAAAAUAAAUUUCCCCCCAAAAAUGCAACUUAUACCAGUAUAUCUCUUUUCAUUUUCAUUAUGCAUUUUUUGGCUGGUGCGACCUAUAGUCCUGAAAAUAGGGUAAAUUAAGGAAUACCCUCUCAGUGUAUCCCAGUUUGGAGGUCAAGGAGGAAAGAAACGAGGCAAUAAAAUGAAUCUCCCGGUCUGCUGCGGUCUGACUAUGAUUUUUUUUUCCACUAGAAUGAAUCGUGCUUUCGCCAGGACUUCCUGUUGAAGUAUAAGAACCGCACAGAGCAGGACGAGAUUGAGACGAGGGAGAACCUCAACCGCCUGCUGCUGGAGAACGUGCUGCCAGCCCACGUGGCGGCACUGUUUGUUGGGGAGAAUAAAAAGAAUGAGGUGAGACUUUUAAUGACUUUUAAUGAUAGGAAAAUUAAUGAUACUUCAUCAUUAAUGACUCAUAGAGAAAGAAAAAACUAUAAUCGCAUCCAUUCACCGACAACUAAAAGACAAAUUACCAUGAAUUUCAAAAUUAUGACGUUGCAAAAUGUUGCCAAAGAUCAGGUCAUUUUUCUCAAAUCUAGGUCGGCAUUGAAGCACAUGAAAAAUAAGUAGACUCUUGACUUCCACCAAAAGACAACAAUGAAGAGGAUAUUUCUGUGUCUUUUGCAAACAUAUUAAAAACGCCAGUGCUGACUUACAAGGUCGUCACACUAUCUCUGACAUUACAGCCGUUUCUAUGUUUGGUGUUCCUGAUGUUUUGUCUUGACUGUUAUCAUGUGAAAAAUUCAGACUAAAAAGAUUGUGAACUUCUCUGAUGUUGCAAAAGCAUCAACCAAACAAACCCAGCCUCCACCUGAGGAACACGAUUACACGCUCUCUUUGUAUUUCCAUUGUUGUCUCUCUCCUCCUAGGACCUGUACUACAAGUCCUAUGACUGUGUGUGUGUGAUGUUUGCCUCAGUGCCGGAUUUCAAAGAGUUUUACACUGAGUGUGAUAUCAACAAGGAUGGACUGGAAUGCCUGAGGCUCCUGAAUGAGAUCAUCGCCGACUUUGACGAGGUCAGAAGACAAAGAGUGGAAAAACAAAAACUCUCCUUGUUUCUCGUCCCUCAAGUCUUUGUCAAGUACAUUAAUGUGGUACAUGAUGGAUACGUGUUUUGAGGCGUAGUAUGGUUUUGCUUAGGGAUGGGAAUUGAUACGAUUUUAUCAAUAUCGAUGCCAUUAUCGAUUCUGCUUAUUGACUCAAUUCUUUAACGAUUUCCUUAUCAAUGCCUUUCUUUGAUUUAAGAAAAGAGUAAACUAAAGGUUUUCACCGUUAACUCAAAAUUUUAUUGAGUCUCUGAUAACAGAAACAGAUGUAUGCCACCUUCAGUGAGAGAAUGAUAAUAAUCAAACAACAAUGCUAUUUGAUCAGUGUCUCUGGCAUGCACUGUGCUUAUGUUAACACAGGACAUACAUUAGUUUGACCAUAUUUUGAACCUCCAAAAACAGGACACUACUACGCGGGGCGGACUUGUGUGUGAAAUUUUGAGGUUUUUUUUUGUUCGGGUCGGGUGUUUUUGUGCACUUCUAACACUUUAGCUCGUUUCUGCCUACUUUUCAACCAUCCGCAUGUUUGUUCUCCGUCUAUGUUUCCGUUCGCGUAGACUGGCACUCACAAGACCAUUUUUCAAGGCACCCGGAAAAAAGGAAUGGUCAAGGGAAUCAUUAAGAUAAAAUGUAAAUGAUGUCGAUGGAUUAAACCAUUUGGAACCGAUUCUCGAUUCCCAUCCCUAGUUUUGCUAUGACUCAUGAUUAGGAAGUAGAGUUAAGAUCCUAAAGUGUGCAUGCAAACAGGAGUAAAUGAUAAGCAUAAUUAAAGGGGAGAUGAAUUCCUUCACAUCUCACACUCUUUUAAUUUCUCCCUCACUCCACAGCUGCUGUCCAAGCCGAAAUUCAGCGGUGUGGAGAAGAUCAAGACAAUUGGCAGCACCUACAUGGCUGCAGCAGGGCUCAGUGGGACUCCCGGUCAGGAGAACAAUCAGGUGGAGUAGCUCCUACGUCAGACCAGGUUCAGGCUUGGGCCAGAACGCCUGGGUUAAAUUAUUUUUUUGGCAAAGCAUAAACACACACACACUGAGCGUCCUUACAAGCAGGGAUCUGUCAUAAUGACGCUGAAUAAAAUGUUUGCCUCAGGACAGAGAGCGGCAGCAGGCGCAGAUCGGGAUCAUGGUUGAGUUUGCCAUCGCUCUGAUUGGCAAGUUGGACGGCAUCAACAGACAUUCCUUCAACAGCUUCAGGCUGCGUGUGGGUGAGUGCUCAGCUGCUUGGCAGCACCAGCAGGAACCUUUCAUUGAUGAAUACUGUGCUGAACCUUUUUCAGCUGACACAAUGGGUUUCCUUGGUUACACUGUGCAGGACAUAACUGACAUUUAUGAAUUGUUUUGUCAAGCUAUUUCAGAGCUAAUGUACUAAGAUCUGUGAUAAAAAAUAUAAAUCAAUAACUACAUACCAAAUCUUGUCAGGAUAAGAAAAGUGAUUCUGCAUCAAGGACUGUCUCCUUGUUACACGAUUUUACCAACUGAGUUCAUCCAGUACAUUUUUAUGAAGAAGGAGUCCUUUUCUGUGGCAGGUGUCGACAAACUUUUGUUUCUGCAGCCGGUGACAUGUUCUGAACUACAGCAGCGUUACACUUUUCUAAAUGACUUAAUGGUUUUCUUUAAAAUGUUUAAAAUAGAGCUGCGCCUUAAAAACACAGUGAGGCUAAACUGUUGUCCAACUAUUAUCCAAAACAUCCCUGCCACUGUGGCUUCAGGUGACAAUUACAGGACAAAGGUAAAUGCUUGAACAUUGUGGAACAGACACACAACAACAGGCUCAGGGAAAACUUAGCGUAUGACUGGACAGAGUAUGUUUGAUGUGUUGAAACUGUGUGGAUAGUGUGUGGCACUGUUUGAUAGGUGUACUCUUCUUAAGAAAGUUAUAUUUGUCCACAAAGGAAACUGAAACAGAUUAUCACACAAUUGAGACAAAAAACGCGUAAUUGCAGUCACAGUCACAGUGCUCUGUAUUCAUGUUUUAAGAUGCCAUUACUAUAUGCAAUAACCUGAUCACCCUCCUGCCCUUGUCUUCUUCCUCUCCGCAGGAUGUUUUUUGUUUUUCUGACUCACUCCGUGUUGAGGGUUUUGUCAGUGACUGUUGGUUUUAGUUAUUUGUGGUGUUUGAAAUGUGCGCUAACCCUCAUGCCCUCAGCUGCAUAAAGAGCUGUUUCUCUCCUACUCUGCUCUAUUCUGGACUCUUACAGAGUAUAAACGCUCGCUGCUUUUAUUUUGUGUUGCUCUUUUGCUAACUCUUAUUAAAUAUCAGUUUUUGGAGGCUGUGGACUUUAUGCAGUUUUCCCUCAUAUCCCACUAGAUCUAGUCUUAGAGGGGAAAAACCUGUCAAAAAAAAAGGACUAGCUCACUUUUGGUCCAAAAAUCAGCUGAAGAGGAAACAUGUUCAUAGACAUUGGUUUUCUGGUCUUGGUUUAACAAAAACACAAAUUAAGACAACGACUGGAAUGAAUGGAUGAAUGUACACUAGCGAUAAAAAAUUGAAAGUUCACGUUUUAUAAGCAAAGAGAUCAGAAUCAUAAAACACGGGACGAGAUGUUAAGCAGUCCAUCGUGUCAGUAGAUGAUAUACAAAGGUGACGUGGUACAUCUGGUGCAUUCUUAUAAAGCUUAUUCGGUACUCCGUUUGGUCCGGGUGCUGACGCAAUCCUUGCACGCUGUGCCGUAUACUCUAUCUCUUUCCAUUUUGGAGGACCAGGGGGAAUUCGGGAGGUUGGAUAGGUGGUAUAUCAUGCAGGAUGACUAUCUCCCCAUGUCUUUUUGUGUCCUGGUGGUCUUUUUCAAGAUGUCUCUCCAAGUCCUGCUCAGGAGUUUGUAACGUCCCACUUUUUCUCCUGAAUGAAGAGGUCUUUGACAAAUUUGAAGGGAUUUUUAUAGAAACGUGUUCUUGUACGUUCCUUCUUUUUGCAAAGUCUCCUCAUUCUCUCUGCUCUUCGCAAAGUUGUCAACCGACACUUGAUCUCUGUCUGGAGGAGUGAUAGUCCUUCUCUCUCUGCUUCAGACUUUCUUCCAUUGUUUUCUCAGCAUCCUUCUCUCUCUCUGACCAGCCUUUCCAUCUCUUGCUGCCUCCUGGACUUAGAUGAUCAUUGUAAAAGAUGAAGCGAUCAUGAUGAAGUGCAAAAUGUAAUGUUUGUGUCUACUGUCUAACAUUACCAACCAUAAGUUCAUGUUCAUACAGAGCGGAGUAAGGCUGUAGCAGAUGAAGUGUUGUGUUUUUUUAUUGAAGUGAAUUCAGAGAUAUUUAUGACGUUAGCUGUAAAAUAGAUGUUUCGCCAAGUACUCAAGCAUUUUGCAAUUGACUUAGACCUCUGUAAACAGGAUUUAGUAGAGCUCGAGCAUUUUAUGACAGUCAGGAAAUGUCCUUGAAGGAACCAACUGCAAACCAACAGAACUACGUUUUUAAUGGAAAAAUCCUUUUCAUCAUUUUUCCAUUCUGUUACCUAGUGAGCCUGUUUUUCUUCUUCUUCUUGAACCUGACGCCCUACAUCUCUACACUCCCUCACACUUUCUUUUUAUUUCCUACAAAUUAAGGUAGCACAAGUUAAAUACAGAGCGAACAUGUUGUUUUGUUUUACUCCCACAGGCAUUAAUCAUGGCCCAGUGAUAGCCGGGGUGAUCGGAGCGAGGAAACCUCAGUACGACAUCUGGGGGAACACGGUUAAUGUGGCCAGCAGGAUGGAGAGCACAGGGGAGCUGGGCAAGAUCCAGGUACGGACACAAACAGAAACAUGUUAUGUGAUGUUUUACAGUGUGAGACGUCUCAUUUAGGUCAGCUGUGUUUGUAUUGUACUUUAAAACAAACCUGGGUUGGCCAGACUAUUUUACAACAUAAAAAUACAACAGGGAGUGAUAACACACAAAACAUCACAAUGAAACAGUGAGAUCUCAAGAGAAGUUAAAAAAGCUCUGAUUUAAGGGGCUCAUGUGGGCCGUCUCUGUGUUAAAGAUCUCAAAACAGAUGUAAGCUGACUCUAGCUGUUUCAAUUUUCAUUACCCAAUGAAAACAGCAUCAGAAAACAAUUGACAUCAUCAGCCAGUCAUCAGAACUUUCCAUUGGCUCCUGUCCUGCUGAUAAACUUUAUUGCUGUUUCAUUCUUAGCUGUGGGUUCAAAGCUUGACUCUAAAUUCUGGCAGCCCUGUAGCCACUUCCAUCGACUGAAUUUGAAGCUAGAGAAAGAAGCUUUGUGAAAACAUUUGCAGAUCUGGGUGUAAAUCUAACUGUCGAUAACAUUUGAGACUUCCUCUGAGCUGCCGCGGUCUUUGUCUCCUCCCAGGUCACAGAGGAAACAACCGUGGUGCUGCAGAAGCUGGGCUACUCCUGCGAGUGUCGAGGAUUCAUAAAUGUGAAGGGGAAAGGGGAGCUGAAAACUUUCUUUGUGUGUACGGACAUGAGCAAGCAGCAGAGUAUGGGGCUGAGCUGA